CAUGUCUAAACCCAUAGUGGGCCACACAGCUCUUCGUCUCGGCUCGAUCCCCAUUUUUCCCUUCCUCCCGCUAGGGUUGCGUCGCCGCCAAUGGCCGCCGCCGCCGCCGCCGCCAUGGCGCGCAGGCUGCUCUCCCCCUCGGCCUCCACCACCUCCGCGGCUGCCGCCCGCCUCCUCCUCUCCCGCCACCUCUCCUCCGCCCCUUCUUCCUUCCCGCGCGGCGCCGCCCCGGCGGCGCUGAUGGACAUGCUGCGCCCGGCGGCCGUCGCCCCCUCCUCCUCCCUCCAUCAGCUGAUCCGCAAUGCUGGGAUAUCGACCACGAGGAGCCUGCUUGCUGCGGAUGAUGCCAUGGUACCCGUUUCUUCCCCGUUGUCGUCUCCGUUGGGGGCUGCGGAAGAGACCGACAGGAAGGGAGCGGUAGUGAAGCGGACGAAAGUCCAAGCCAUCAAGAAGGACAUCAAGCAGAGCCCCAAGAAGGUAAAUCUGGUAGCCAAGCUGGUUCGAGGAAUGCGCGUGGAAGAUGCCCUUUUACAGUUGCAAGUGACGGUUAAAAGGGCUGCGAAAACAUUGUACCAGGUGAUCCAUUCUGCUCGUGCGAACGCAGCUCACAACCAUGGACUGGAUGCAGAUAAACUUAUUGUGGAAGAGGCUUUUGUGGGAAAAGGACUUUAUCUCAAGAGAUUGUCUUACCACGCCAAAGGGAGGUGCGGUGUCAGGGAGAGACCUAGGUGCAGGCUGACGGUGGUGGUCAGAGAAGCCACAGCCGAGGAGGAAGCUAAGAUUGCGAAACUCAGGGUCAUGAACUACAAGAAGCUCACCCGGAAGGAGAAGCAGCUCAUGCCGCACCGGCUUAUCGAGGUCAGCCCGAAAUGGGCUCGCAAAAGGAAAGAGGAGGAGGAGGAGGCUGGUGCUUCAGCGUAGUACAAGUUUCCGUUUGCAGCAGGGUCUGUCUUUCUUGGCGGGCCUGGAGCCAGAGAUUAGUAGCUGCAUCUGCAGUCGUCUGGUCUAUCUGUUGAGAUUUACUGAAGAACAGCCGUGGCGAGGCGCUCCCGUGGAAGAAUUCGUGAUCUCGUUUGCCUGACCAGCCUCUGUAGUGUUUGUGUCAUCCAUACGAAAUCUUUCAAGACAUUUGCUCUAGUUAGCAAAGAAUAAGUUGGCCUCUGAUUUGUUGUUCGGCAUGUCUCUUCUUAUACAUGCCAUCGGUCUGUUUUUUGAAUUCACGGAGCAGUAGAAGUGCUGGUUCUUUGUCUCGGCAACGCUAGUUGUGGGGUAAAUUUUGAAUUUUUGAUACUAGUGUGGGUGACAGUAAACAGUUGCUGCCUGCCCUCAGAAGUUGAUAUUUAAGAGUGUUUAGGUUGUCA